CGGUGGUCACUUUUUGAUCUCAAAGCAGCUUUCCGAGUACAUGUUCGGGCGCGAACAAAUCGGAACCUGCGCUACUUGGAAUUAGCCUACGUACGGCGAGAGGAACUCGACGCCGAUCGCAAGGUGGAGACUCCAAUCCUACCCGUAAGGUACUUCACCGAUUUCACCCUUACAUAUACUCCACGGGAUGAUGAGGGGAUGCCCGCGCCACCUUGGACGGAUGCAAUUCCUCCGGCACUGCCGUUUGCCAUUGGCCGUGGUUCAACUUGGUAUGCCGCCGAUCUGGACAUGGCAAUUGAAAAUUACACCGACUACUGUAUACCCAUCUUCAAGCCGGCCAGUUAUUUCCCUUGUACCUUCAUCAAUUUCAACUCCACAGCUUACCUAGUGUCACCAAACGAAUACGGCUAUGGUCCCUGCUGCAUCUACCGCCCAAACUGGUCAAUUCCACAUCGAGAUUUUAUGCGAGCCUUUUCGGACCAUUACAACGGAUCAACGGAGACUCUGGGACAUGGCGUCCUCAAUCAGACCAUUGAUUGGUGGAUCAUACCCGAGGAUAUUAACGUCCCGGGCCGGUCCGAAAACCUCCAUAGUCAUCCUGUUUUUGGUGGUUUCGGGUGGGCACGUAAACCGAUGCCAAGUGGCUUCAAACCCUACGUCAGUUUCUGGUACGAAGGGGACAUUGGGUGGGCUCAUCAGGUGUUCGAAAACUUCACGGACACCGGACCCCAUACAAAGUACUUGGAGACCUAUAAACUUCCCGAGGAGUGCAACACCGCUUUGACGUGCAUAUACGGCUAG